GCGGGCAGAGCGGCGGGCGGGCGGCCUGACCUCCCGCCAUGCGGCUGUCGUGCAAGGUGGCGGCGGCGCUGCUGUGCCUCGGCAGCCUGCUGCUGCUCUAUCUGCUGGCGGGCAGCGCCGCCGCGCCCCCCCGCCCGCCGCCCGCGCCCUCCGCGCCCGCCCGCCCCGCCGUGCCGCCCGCCCGCCGGCAGCCGCGGCUCAGCCGGAGCCCGCCGCGGAGGAGCCCCGCCGGGGUCAGGCUCGUCAGCGCCAGGAAGCCUGGAGAACAGAAACAUUCAAAAGAGCCUUCAUCUUUGCAAUGCAUGCAUCUGGCAGUUGUAGCAUGUGGGGACCGGCUGGAAGAGACGCUGAUCAUGCUGAAAUCAGCACUUCUCUUCAGCAACAGGAGGCUCUGUUUUCACAUUUUUGCUGAGGAUUCCCUUAAGCCUGAAUUUGAGAAGAAGCUGAAGGAAUGGCCUUCCUCAUACACAAAGAAGUUUGAAUACAACAUUUACCCAAUAACCUUCUCAGUAGGAAACGCUCAGGAAUGGAAAAAGUUAUUCAAACCAUGUGCUGCCCAGCGCCUUUUUCUUCCGGUCAUUUUGAAGGAUGUAGAUUCUCUCCUUUAUGUGGACACUGAUGUCCUCUUCCUGAGGCCCAUCGAUGACAUCUGGCACAUCCUGACAGAGUUCAACUCCACACAGCUAGCUGCUAUGGCCCCAGAGCAUGAGAUACCAAAGAUUGGCUGGUACAGUCGCUUUGCACGUCACCCUUAUUAUGGGACAACUGGAGUCAAUUCUGGAGUGAUGCUAAUGAAUUUAACACGGAUACGCAACACUCAGUUCAAGAACAGCAUGAUACCAAGUGGUUUGACUUGGGAGGAAAUGUUAUAUCCAUUAUACCAAAAGUACAAAAACUACAUUACAUGGGGAGACCAGGAUUUACUAAAUAUAAUUUUUUACUUUAACCCAGAGUGUCUCUAUGUGUUUCCCUGUCAGUGGAAUUACCGGCCUGAUCAUUGUAUGUAUGGAAGCAACUGCAAAGGUGCAGAAGAAGAAGGUGUCUCUAUUCUACAUGGAAAUAGGGGUGUCUACCAUGAUGACAAACAACCUACGUUCAAGGCACUCUAUGAAGUGAUACGUGAUUUUCCAUUUGAAGACAAUCUCUUCCAGUCUCUGUACUACCCUCUGCAGUCCAAGUUUCUGGAUACAGUGCACACGUUAUGUGGGAGAAUUCCACAAGUAUUUUUGAAGCAAAUUGAGAAAACUAUGAAGAAGGUGUAUGAGAAUCGUGUCAUUGUCUACUUGGGUGCCAACCACAGAUACUAAAUAUAGCUAUAUAUUCUUAAGCAGAGUUUUUCAGUCUUGCACCCCAUCUCAUGAAGCAUAAAAAUGAAGAGUAUGAACUCCCUUUCUGAAACUCAGAAUUAAAAUAGUUCCCUUAUCCAAUUUCCUAAUAAGCCCUGAAAUUACAAAACCAGAGGAAAUGCUAGGACCUAAACUGUCUUUUGUUCUCUUCCCAUGUUUACUCUUGGUUGUAACAGGGAGAAGUGAAGAUUCUCACUUUCAUUUGAUGAGUUUAGUUUGCUUGUCUAAGAACAGCUGUAUUCACUGUAGCCUGUACAGAUCUUAGGCUUGACAAACUAUGGUUUGAACUAUGUAACAUCAGGAAUAUAACUCUGAAAUGACAGGGCAAAUAUUCUUGACUCAUGAGAGCACUGAAUUACAGAGCAGAUCACUUGUGUGAUAGGAUCAGUUAAAAUUUACUGUAGUAAAGGGAAAGAAUUUGCUUAAAAUUGCACUUCUGUCUCGAGGUAUAUUACCUGCUGUUCUUCACAUGUAGGACCUAAGAUUUCUCUUACUUAAAAAGAUUAGAGGAAUAGAAGUGCCUCUUUGUACCUUACAGCACUUUUUGUCUAGUGAUUCUCAUUUUUUCCCUUCUGCUCUUCAGUAGUUUUGUGAGGGCAUCUCAUGAAGGAAUUACAAGGAAAUGAACUGCUGCAUCAAUAGGAAGACUCUGUACAAGAAAUGUGAGGGGGAUGCAGUGGAAGCUGUGGCACCUGCACAACUAGUGGAGAACAGCAACACAAUCCUUUCUUGUGGUGUAUGGUCACGGUCUUCCCCUCCAGUGUCUUACAGUUUUAAGAAUGUAUCUAUAACUUGGUAAUACUAAUUGCAUUAGACACAGUCCACGAAUAUUGUGAAUGAAGAGAACAAAACCAGGUACUGUUGGUCUGGUUUCCUCUUUAAUUAAUCCUCUCUAAUUGCUGUUUACUGCACAGUAACAGUAGUAUGCAACUGACAACCAGGGAUACUGCGACUGCUGCCUCUGAAUCGCCUUUUCUGCUUCACCAGAAACUUGGGGUAUAGACAUAAUUUCUGCCUGGUACUUUUGUUCAUGAAGGUUGAGAGUUUUAUGCUAGGAUCAUAAUGAAGAUCCACAAAGUGAAAGAGGACACAGGAUGGCUUUAAUACUUAUUUAAAAUACUUCAUGUAGUUUAGGUUUCGCAAGUAUGAUGAUCACCUGAUGAGAUUCACAGACAACAGCUUAUUAAAACUAGCAGUAGCUGAAAGGUGCUUGGCACAAGCCACUGGGAAAGUGAGGAUGCUCUUAAAGAGUGGUGAUACAAGAGCAGACUCCCAGAGGGUGUUUGCUAAGUGUAAGCCCUGAGGGGUGUGUGUAGGUAAGGGCUUGAGGAAGAUGGCAUAGAAAAUGUUCUUACUUAUCAGGUCUGUUCAGCAGGUAAAAUUAGCCAUUGCUUGGAACUACUCACUUUAAUAGGCAAAGUAGGAGAGGGGUGAGAAGGGUGAGAUACAUGGAGCUUUCUUGUACUGAAAGGCAAACUGGUAGAGAUUGUAUAUCCUGUACAUGUAUCUUUAUUAGCGAUAACCAUCCUGGGGGGUGUGAAUGAGUUAAAAGGAUAUGUGUCCUAACUUAAAAUGUAGGAUUUCUGAAAAAUUGCAGUUUUGGGGGUUUCUGCCCUGUCCAGUCAGGACUGAUGCACAAAUUCAUAAGAAAAGACACUCCAAGAGAAAGCCCUUUUGGUUUGCACAUUCCUCUCUCCCUGUGUGGCAGCUCCUGAGUGGAGGGAAAGGCAGGCCCUGCUGGCAUCUCAGCUGCAGUGAACAGCCUGUACACAGGAUGAAGUGCCAGCAAACACCAGAGUGUGAAAAUGCCUGUGACACAUCCGUAAGUGCUGGGUGAAUGACACAAGGUGGCUAACAGCAUCACAAGUGUCAUCUGAGUAGAGGAGGUGUUAAGAUAGAGGCUUGGAAUA